AUGUGUGGGUUGUUUGAAGUAGCGAAACGGCAGGCUAUUGAAGGCGGAGGGCAGAAAGUGCUAUGCAGACCGAGGUCCAUAUACCUUCGUUUUUCAGAACGAGUAAAUGCUAACAUCCAAACCAAAUGUGUUGAGUCGGCGUCGGAGAAAAAUACCAAGCAAGAGCUACAGCUGAAAUCGCAAGCUUUCACGCAUUUAAUACGUUUUUAUCGGCACACGUUGGUGUUUUUAUAA